AAGAAGACUAAGCAAGUUCCACUACCCGACUCCGACAACGACCCGGACCCGCCAUCCGCCUACCAAGAUGACUAUGCCCCCGAUGAGGCAGGUUGGACUAGAAGCCUCGAGGACGUCCGCAUUAGAUCGUUCAGAGGGAAGAAACCCCAUGGGCUGAAAUUUACAAAGAAAGAGUCGCCGCUUAAGUAUUUUUUGAAGUUUUUUCCUUUGGCUUUGUUUACCAUGAUCGUCACUUGGACCAACAAGAGCUUACGUAAAGGCAGGCAGCGACCAACAUCACUACAAGAAAUUAGAGCAUGGGUAGGGAUCCACCUGAUGAUGGGCCUGGUAAAAAUCAACAACUACAAGGACUACUGGUCUUCUCAUCCUGGGCUGCGCAACAAGCUAAUUUCACAGACCAUGAAGCGCCAUCGAUUUGAUGCCCUGAGUCAGCACAUCUCCUGCAAUGACUCGGACAAAAACCCAGAUCUGAUACGUGACAAAGUUCAUCGCUACCAUGCCAAGAAGAAAUCCCCACUUCAUCCAAUCCUGCCUGCAUGGGACAAGGUGCGCCGAAAAUGUCUCAGAAACUACAAACCACACCGGGAGCUGAGUCUCGACGAGGCCAUGGUGAAAUACCGUGGUUUUAAAGCCAGUGUAAGGAAGUUUUUUAUGCCCUUCAAGCCAAUUCGCACUGGAUUUAAGAUAUAUGUCCUCGCUGAGGCAGCCACGGGAUUCUUCAUCAACUUCACUAUUCAUCCCCACGGAGGAACCCCUACAAAGAUGGUAGACAUUGUGAUGGCGACAGCAAAGCAUCAACUCAACCUUUACCAUCACAUUUUCACAGACCGGCUCUACACCUCAGUUUCCCUGGCUCGUACCCUCCUCGCUAAGCGUACCUAUCUGACUGGUGCUGUCAAGAGUAAUAGUAAAGGGCUACCAAAGGACUUCACAACAUCACAGAGUAAUCCAAAUCACAAAAAGGUCAAGCACUUGAACACCUGCGAAAGGGGAACCUUUUAUACCCGCCAGAACGGCCAACUGACAUCAUGCCUUUGGAAAGACAGCAAAGUCAUGAUGCUCCUGUCAUCUGCACACCAAGGUUGGAGGGAUCCAAACACAGGCACGGUGGUGCGCAAAGUGGCCAACGCAGAUGGACGACUUAAGAAGAAGUGUAUUCCUGCCCCACCCCAAGCGGUUGACUACACUAAGAACAUGGGAGGCGUCGACAAGGGUGACCAACUCAGAUCAUACCACACUUGUUCACGGAAGUCGCAAGAGUGCAGGCCACGUCUCCGUGAAGAUGCCAGGUCGGAAUGCAAGAUGGUGUAGGUGGUGUCGGCUGAAGAAACGCCUUACUAAGUCAGGACAUCCCAAGUCAACACGCCGAGGUUGCAAUGUGUGUGGAGUCAACCUAUGUCCAGGAAGAUGCUUCAUGGAAUUCCAUUCCAUCAAAGAAAGAGAGGCAGACUCCACCACAAGCACCACCGACUAGAUCUACAUGCACCACCAACAAGGCAGCC